GUAUCGACGUAUACGUCUUCGAAUACGCGUAUCUGAUACGGCGUAAACAGAAAUUGCAAUCGAUAUCUCUGUAGCAAUAGUCCAGAAUGCUAAAGAUGCUGAGGAUAAAACGGAUUGAUAACCUCGAGUUGGAGUUGGAAGUUCAUCUCCAGCUCUUCGCUUUUACAUCGUACAGUUUUGAUCGUUCCUUUUGAUCGUCCAUUUGCAACGGCCUAGAGCACCCUUCAUAUCAACACAACUUCACGAAUAUCAAACUACUACUUCUUCACAAUGGCGAAACUCGAACCCUAUCGUGGAGAUUACUAUCUCUGGAACUACAUUCCGUCCAUAGCUGCAGCUGUGAUCUUUAUCGUCCUAUUUCUCAUAACAACUGGUCUCCAUACCUGGCGUAUUUAUAAGACUAAGUCCUGGUUCUGCAUAGCGUUUACCAUCGGAUGUCUCUUCGAGGCCAUCGGUUACAUCGGACGAGCGAAGGCGGUCAACAGUACCGGCAAGCUCCUUCCAUAUGUCAUCCAAAGCUUCUUCACCCUCGUUGCUCCAGCCUUUUUGGCCGCAUCGAUCUACAUGACACUCGGCCGAAUUAUACGAUAUGUCCACGGAGAACAUCAUUCUAUCAUUCGGAUCAACUGGCUCACAAAAAUUUUCGUCAUCGCGGAUCUUUUGUCAUUUUUCGUACAAGCAGGAUCCUCCGGGUUGAUGUUCAAUGACAGCACUGCCAGUCUUGGUGAAAAGGUCGUGUUGGCCGGUCUAUUCAUCCAGAUCAUAGCUUUUGGGUUUUUCUUCCUUAGCGCCCUUAUAUUCGAACGCCGAAUGAGAAGAGAGCCCACGCCGGAGUCUUUUGUUGUUGAAGCAAACUGGAUUCAUCACUUAUAUUGUCUAUACGCCAUGAGUACUCUCAUUCUCAUUCGAUCGAUCUUCAGAGUUGUCGAGUAUGCGGCGGGCCAGAAGGGAUAUCCACUGAUGAAUGAAUGGACUUUAUACAUAUUCGAUACAGUACCAAUGUGGAUCGUCACCGUUAUUUUCCUAAUUUGGUAUCCUUCUCAAUUUCAAAUCAAGCCGGGAACCGUAGCAUCUCCAAGUGGGGUGGGGGAAGAGGCGCAGAGUGUUCAAUUGAUGAAUAGUGCAGAGCAAAAGCGCGAUAGCAGGACCAAGACAAAACUGUACGGCGCUCGAAGUAUGGUAUGAAGACAUUAUGACAAAAGAGGCCGACAUCAGAUGUCGUGUGGCCAAUGAGACAAAGAUUUAUGGUAAAGGUUUGCCCUUACUGAUAUGAUUUAUAUUUGGGUUGUCUGAGCAAGACAUUUGGUAAAUGGGAGUCAGGAGUUAUUCAUUAUAGCCAACUGGAUGGAAUGGUUUUGUAAUGAGAAUUGCAAUGAAGGAUUUUGGAAGAUGGCAUAGCUGUAGCCAAGUCAAAAGUAAUGGGAUGAAACUAAAUUUCUCGCACCCAUUGUCCACGAUUUCAUGUCCCUAAAUAGUACGUGUACA